UUCCUACUUUUGCGGGUUUGUUUUAAAUCUGUAUUCUGCCACUUCGAAAUGGCGUCUUCUUUAGCGAGGUACCGACGCAUUCUGAAGCCAACAGCAGAGACAGUGCGAUGUACAUACACAGAGAGCCUCGAGGACACAGAGGCAGACAGAUACCCCACCUUCACCAAGAACCUCUAUACAUGCACGGCUAUGAGAAAAGACAUGACGCCGUACCCGUGUAGCGUGGUGCCCAAGCCGGACAUCCGACGUGUGGUGGCUGUGACCAAGAUGGACAGUAACCAGGUGGACUACAUUGACGCUGUCAGAGCCCUGGAACCCUUCAGUCUGAGCGACAAGAUCCGCUCGCCCUUCCUCUGUCGUGUCUUACUCAGCUUCAGAUCCAAGCAACCUUUCCAGAUAGGUAGCGACAGCGGAGAAGGAGCACAGCGGGGGUUCAAGGAUUCUGAUGGGGGCCUACAGAUGCGUAUGGAGAUUCGAGGAAGAUGUGGGCUGUUGAUACGGAAUAGCAACUAG